AUGGCUCAGGGGUACUCCUACUUCGCCGGCGAGCAGCCGCAGCGCCAAAGGCCUCUUCCCCCACCGCCGCCCUCUGCUCGAACGCCGACGUCGACGAAUCACGAGGGGCAGGGCACGCUGUACGAAAAGGGCCCUCAGUCCGGAUAUUCCUACGCCAGCUAUCCUCCCCAGCCCAGCUCGUCGGCACGCUCCCGAAAUGUCGCAAACGCACCAAACUCCCGGCCGUACCCGUCAUAUACUCCAGCCAGCCAUGCGCCAGUCCCGCCCUACCCCCCUCCUCCUGGCGCCGCAUAUGCCGCUCCUUCGCCGCCCCCGGGUGCGCAACCACCUGUGUUCACUCGGCCAGCGACAUACGCCACUUAUCAGUCGUCGUCGAGGGCUGAUCCGGAAUGGCGAGAGUCCAGCUUUAUCUCGAGCUACGGCGGUUUCAGCAGCCCGCCCGAACCCGCUGGCCCAUCGAACGGGUCCUACUUUGAUGCAUCGUCGGUCCCGACCGGUGCGCAACCUCCAUACUUGGCCUACACCAGCUCGCCUCGCCCUCACACGUCGGAUCCGCCCGAAUUGCCGCCUCUGAACCUUCGAGAUCGCCCUGUGCGUCUCUCCGACGAUUCAGCGCAGUAUUCACUGUAUUCGUUGCCUUCCGAUCGAUCGCCAACGACGUCCCGACCAUUGGCCGACAAGUCGCCGCGUCCGGACGAGCUGCCAGCGGCGGCCCACGCUCAAGUAACUCCGCCACCUCGGUCGUCGUCGUCCGCUGGAUCAUACACGCGAUCAGCACGUCGCGAUCACAGCUUCGCCUACCAGCACUGGACGGCGGAGGGUGACGGCCUGCCUUCCCGGCUUGCUGUUGAUGACCUCGCGCUUCAGAGCGCGGCGAUGACGAGUGCCGACUCCACGACCACUCAGUACUCUCCCCCGCCUCGUCCGCCGCGCCCUCCCGCUCCCCGGCAGCCGACGAUUCUGAUGUCCCCGCCGCUCGAGACUUCCGCCGUUCCUGUGCACCGCAGUCACUCCACCAACUCGACAUGGUCGCGUACGAUCUCGUCCCCUUCCAUACCUUCCUUCACGGCUUCGCCGUCGCCCGACAUCUCGCAUCGCCCGUCGUACGCGACACUUUCGCCCAAUACCUCGCUUUAUGCCUCUUCGUCCUUCCCACGAGCAGACAGCUACGAAGGAUCCGGGCAUGGAAGCCCGGCACUCGAUACCGACGGUGCAGGAGCUUUCGGUGGCGGGCGGCCACAAUACCUCAAUCCCGCGCUGCUGAGCGACCUCGCCGUCUACGUCAAGGAUCACGUCGCUCACGGCUCUCGGCAGAAGGGUUCGAUCGAGCACUACGGCUUCACCGGCGAAGACGUUGUCUCCGCGAUCCGUCAGGCCUUGCCUCCGCCGGCGCAUUCCGAUCGCCGGCUCGCACUUGCCAUCGCGCGUUCGAUGCAGCAGGCGCUGUGGUUUCAUGAGGUCGACUGGUCCGACUCGCCUCUACGAGACGCGCCGGGUGGCCACGUCUACGCUUUCCUGGAGGACGAGAUUCGCGACGGCAGAGGCGCUUCUCCCGACGACCUCGCUGGAGGCCGACACGACGAUCCUGCGGCCGAGCUUCCGACCGGUGUCUUUGUCGACUUGGCGAGGUGUUACAGUCCUUACUGCGGCCAGUUCUCAACGAGCGGGUAUCACGGAGCUUGCUAUUCCUACACGUGUCCAAAUCGCCGCAAUACUGGGCUGUCGCGCGUCGGCAGUACGCUGUCGGCUAUCUCCGCCGUCGAGAUCGUCGAGGAAGCCGACAACUGGGCGACUUCCGUUCCCAAGUCCUUGCUCGACUCGCUGUCCAAGAGCGAGAUCGCCUAUCAAAAUCAGGUGUUUGAGCUCAUCCAGGGCGAGCAGAAAUACUUUGAGGACCUGCAGUUCAUCGAAACUGGAUUCGUCGAGCCUCUGCGGUCCGCCAAGCCUCCCAUCAUUCCGCCAGAACGACUCGAGUCCUUCCUUUCCUCCGUCCUUCUGAACGUUUCCGAAAUACGCGAGCACAGCCAAGCGUUCCUCCUCCAGCUGCGAAAGAAACAGCAAGAAGGCCACGUCGUUCGCGGAAUCGGCCAGAUCGUCCUCGCAGCAGCCGUCGAAUGGGGACCUGCCUACCUCCACUUCACGACCAACUUUCCCAUGGCCGACUUCCUCUUCAAAGAGGAGAAGGCUGCAAACCCUCGCUUCGAGGAACUGCUCAUGGAUUUUCACAAGCGACCCGAGGCGUCGAAGCGCGGUUUCGACACUUUCCACAACCGCGCUACGUUUCGCGGCUUGCGCUACAUCCUGCUCCUCGAGCAGAUUCUCAAGAACACGCCAGAAGGCGAUCCAGAUCGCGAAUACCUGUCUCAAGCCGUCCAGGUCAUCCGUCAGCAGGGCGCCGACGCAAACGCCGGGAUUGACGCGACGAAGAGCAGGGUGGCAUUGAAGGAGUUCGGUCGCGAUCUCGUCGCCAAAUCCGGCACGACCCUUGAUCUUGAGCUCUCGGACACGUCGCGCCGGUUCUUCAUGGCCGGUCGUAUCUACCGCCGUCCGGAGGGAAGUACCUUCGCCGACCAGUUCCAAGACGGUCACCUCAUCCUUUUCGACAAUUACCUGGUCUUCACGAAGACGCCGCGCCCCGAUCGCAGCGGCCACCAGAAGUACCAGAUCACUCGUCGGCCGGUGCCGCUCGAUCUCGUGCAGCUCAAGACGACGAGCUUCGCCGAACCGCCCAUCCCCCGCUCAUCCGGCUUCCACCUGCGAAGCACCCGCAGCACCGGCGUCGCCCAGGCAACACCGCAGCCGGCCGCAGACGGCACGCAACUCCUCUACCCCGUCUCGUACUUUCAGCUCGGCCGCUUCGACGGCCUCGUGUACUUCUACGUCGACUCGGCGGGUGUGAGGGACGAGUGGGAGGAGAUGCUGAAGGAGGCCGUCACGCAACGCCUUCAGCAUCAAGAGCUGCGCCGCGUCGUCCGCCUCGAUCCGCUGGCGGACCAGACCUUUGGUACGACGUCGACGAUCGGUUCGCUCAGCGGCGCGUCCGUCGCACCCAACCAGUUCGGCAGGCCUACUUGUUCGACGCCGCUGAUGACAGUCGACGGGCUAUGGCUCAUCAUCGCCGGCUGCGCUGAGGGGAUCUUCGUCGGAUGGCGAGGGCGGCCGAAGACGAUGCAGCAAGUCGUCCACCUCGCCGGCAUCACGCAAUGUGCCGUUCUCCCCGAGUUCUCGUUCCUGCUUGUCAUCGCAAACAAGGUUCUCGUCGCAUACGCGCUCGAAGCUCUCAUCCCGAGCAGUACCGGCACGAAGCUAGAUCAGGCAUCGAAGGCACCUCAGCGCUUGAGCGGACAGAAGGACGUCUCAUUCUUCAAGGUCGGCAAGAUCGGCGGCAAGGUGGACUCGCGCACCCUCGUUAUCUAUGCCAAGAAGAGCGGUGUCAAGGAGUCCGUCUUCAAGGCGCUCGAGCCCGUUGGUCAAGACGAGCGCAAGCGUACGGGAGGAGGUGGUCGCUUCCUCGGUCUCGGCAGCGGGCGCCCCGAAUGGUUCAGAACAUACAAGGAGUUCUUCAUGCCUUCCCUCGUCACCGGGCUCUACUUCCAGCGCAGCAAGCUCGCUCUCAUUGGCUCCCGCGGAAUCGAGAUCAUGGACCUCGACUCGAUGCGGACGAUGACCGUUCCCGACUUUCCAGCCUCCCGUCAAGAUCGUGCCGCGAUCCUGCUCGCCAAGCGCUGCGAGGACGCCUCGACGCUCGGCAUGUUUCGCAUCGCCGAGAGCAAGUUCUUGCUCGCUUACACCGAGUUCGCCUUCCAUGUUGGGCGCCAUGGCGAGCCUGUCGAAGGACCGUUCAUGGAGUGGGAGUCGAAACCGGAGCAGGUGGCUUACUGCGCCCCUUACAUCUUCGCCAUCUCGCCAACCAUUGUUGAGAUCCGGCAUGCUUUCACAGGCCGCUUGGUCCAGUUCGUCACAGGUGCCCACAUCUCCCUGACCUAUGACGGUACCGCCAUUGCGUCUGCUCCUCCACGAAGCCACUUCUCGCCUAGUCUUGGCUCGGGAUCUCCUUCUUCCGACCUUGUCCUCCCUCCAGACCGUCGCCUUCAUCUUUCCAUGCGCCAAGGCACUUUCCACGUUCUCUAUGAAGUAGUCAUUGUUGCCUGA